GGUAAUAAAAUAAAACUUCUAAGGUAUUACAGUUAGCGCUGAAAAUGAGCAGUCAAUACCCUGCCCCGAUUAACCCGACCCGGACCCGAAUAGGAUGGAUCGGCAUCGGCGUAAUGGGCGGCGCCAUGGCGUCUCGCCUCAUCUCCGCCGGCUACUCCGUCACAAUCUACGCCCGCACCCCCUCCAAAGCCGCCUCCCUCCUCUCCCUCGGCGCAAAGCUCGCCGAUUCCCCAAUCGACCUUGCCGCCGCCUCCGACGUCAUCUUCACCAUGAUCGGCCACCCCUCCGACGUCAAAUCCCUAGUUCUCGACACUCUCCUCCCCUCCCUCCCCCCCGGCGCCGUCCUCGUCGACCACACCAGCAGCGAUCCCGCCCUAGCCCGCCAGAUCCACGAUUCCGCUCUCCAAAACCGCUGCCACUCCGUCGAUGCGCCGGUAUCCGGCGGCGACCUCGGCGCCGCCCUCGGAAAAUUGGCGAUUUUCGCCGCCGGGGAUAGGGAAAUCGUAGAUUGGCUGAGGCCGCUGUUUGAUUUGAUGGGGAAGGUGAAUUACAUGGGGGAGGCGGGGAAGGGGCAGAGCUGUAAAAUCGCGAAUCAGAUCGUGGUAGGGGGGAAUUUGAUCGGGCUGAGCGAGGGUUUGGUGUUUGCGGAAAGGGCGGGGCUGGAUAAGGAGGCGUUUGUGGAGGCGGUGAGGGGCGGGGCGGCGGGGUCGAUGGCGAUGGAGCUGUUUGGGAAGAGGAUGAUUGAGAGGGAUUUUAGGGCGGGGGGAUUUGCGGAGUAUAUGGUGAAGGAUUUGGGGAUGGGGGUGGAGGGGGAGGGGGCGGUGGUAGUGCCGGGAGCAGCGCUGGCGAAGCAGCUGUUUUCGGGGAUGGUGGCGAACGGGGACGGGAAGAUGGGGACGCAGGGGGUCGUGACGGUGAUCGAGAGGAUCAACGGCAUCGGAGGUUAAGUCCACUAUUUGGCUAUUUUGGUGAAAUUCUUGAAGCAUUUGGAGGAUAAGAAUCUGACAACAUUGUAGAGAGUUAAUAGAUGGAGUUCUUGGCCAGCAAUCCCAAGAAAACAUUUUGGAGAGUUAAUUAAUGGUGUUCUUGCCCUGCAAGCACCACUCAAUUUCUUUUUGUCUGAUGAUGCAAUCGCUUUCUAGUUAUUGAUGUAGUGAUGUAAAUGUAAUGAAAUGAUAACUCCUUAAAUGCUAACUACAACCAAAUUAUGGCCA